ACCACAAGUAUGGCAAUAAUUACCCCAUAAAAGUCCCUUUUUUCCACCCAAAACACACCAUCCCGCGAUCGAAGGGUUUGCUCGCCCUCCCCCACCUCCUCCUCCCUCUCCCGUUCCCUUCCUCUCUUUUCCUUCUCCGCUUUUCCAUACCUUCUCGAUAGAACCCUUCGAUCCCUCCCCUCCUCGUCUCAAUCUUUCUUUCGCUCCCCUUCUUCGCUUCACGGGGUCGUUUUCUUGCGGGCGAUCCAAUCCUCAAUUUGAUCUCUGGGAAGGGGGAGAUUGGAGGCCUUGGAAGAGGAAUUCUAGGAUUUUUUUUUUUGGUAUCUUGGUUCAUCCCUGGAGUUUUAGGGCAUUCUAUUGGCAAUUCUGAAUCCGGUUUCCGGCGCUUGGAACCCUAGAUCUGAGGUUUAGGGAAUCGAGGAAGCAAUUGGGAUCUGUUUCGUUUGGGGCUGUCAAGAUGUUCUGGCGCAUGACUGGAUUGUCCACGGCCUCUCCCGUGGAUACUAUUUUAGACAAGGAAAGCUUUACGUUGGAAGAGCUUCUUGAUGAGGAUGAAAUAAUUCAAGAAUGCAAAGCACUGAAUACCCGUCUUAUUAAUUUUUUGAGAGACAGGGCUCAAGUGGAGCAAUUGCUUCGCUAUAUUGUAGAGGAAGCUCCUGAGGAUGCUGAAAAGAAACGGGCUUUCAAGUUUCCUUUUAUUGCAUGUGAGAUAUUUACUUGCGAGGUUGACAUUAUACUAAGAACCUUGGUAGAGGAUGAGGAGCUGAUGAAUUUGUUGUUCUCUUUCCUAAAACCGGAUCACCCACAUAGUACAUUAUUGGCCGGUUACUUCAGUAAGGUUGUCAUAUGCCUGAUGCUGCGGAAGACAGUCCCUCUUAUCAGUUAUAUUCAGGGCCAUCCGGAGAUAAUCCGCCAACUUGUUGAUCUCAUUGGCAUCACAUCUAUCAUGGAGGUGCUGAUUCGGUUGAUUGGUGCCGAUGAAAAUAUGUAUUCCAACUAUGUGGAUACAAUGCGAUGGUUAGAAGAUACAGAUGUUCUUGAGAUGAUAGUGGAUAAGUUUAGCUCAUCGGACUCUGCUGAAGUGCAUGCCAAUGCAUCGGAGAUCCUUUGUGCCAUAACUCGAUAUGCCCCUCCAGGUCUUGCUGCUAAGGUUUGCAGUCCAAGUUUCGUGGGAAGAUUAUUUCAUCGUGCGCUGGAAGAUUCGAGACCGAAAUCUGUGCUAGUGCACUCAUUGUCUGUAUGUAUAUCUUUGUUAGAUCCUAAAAGACUAUUAUCUUCUUCCUAUCAAUCAUUUCGGAGCCAGCUGAGUCAUGGUACAAUGGUUGCUGCUAGUCCUGAGACAGUUGAUGGCAUGCUGGAGAGCUUAGGUGAUUUACUGAAGUUGUUGGAUGUUUCUUCUUCUGAAAGCAUAUUGCCUACCACAUAUGGGAACCUACAGCCUCCCCUUGGAAAGCAUCGUUUGAAGAUUGUGGAGUUCAUCUCUGUUUUAUUGACAAUUGGUAGUGACUCUGCUGAAAAGGAACUGAUCCGGCUAGGAGCCAUAAAACGUGUUAUAGAUUUGUUUUUUGAGUACCCUUACAACAAUUUUUUGCAUCACCAUGUGGAGAACAUUGUAGUAUCAUGCUUAGAGAGCAAGAAUACUCCACUAAUUGAACAUCUUCUCCACGACUGCGACGUUGUUGGUAAAAUUCUAGCAGCUGAAAAACAGCCUACAUUGUCAACGGAUUUGAGCAAGCCAACAAUAUCUGUGCAGGGAAAAUCACCUCCGAGGAUAGGAAGUGUGGGUCACAUGACACGCAUAGCUAACAAGCUUUGUCAGUUCGGGAAUGACAACAGCUUAAUUCAGACAUACUUGCAGGAAAGCAGUGAAUGGGUUGAAUGGCAUACAAGUGUCUUGGCUAAAAGAAACGCGGUGGAAAAUGUCUAUCAGUGGGCUUGUGGGCGUCCAACUUCACUACAGGACCGAGGGAGGGAUAGUGAUGAUGAAGACUUCCGAGAUAGGGACUAUGAUGUGGCAGCAUUGGCAAGUAACUUGAGUCAGGCAUUUAGAUAUGGGAUCUACAGUAAUGAUGAUAUUGAAGAGGCUCAAGGCUCACUUGAACGAGAUGAUGAGGAUGUUUAUUUUGAUGAUGAAUCUGCAGAAGUUGUUAUUUCAUCUCUUCGUUUAGGGGAUGACCAGGAUAGUUCACUCUUCACAAACUCAAACUGGUUUGCUUUUGAAGACGACAAAGCAGUUCAUGAUCGUUCAACUGGUUCCCCUGCUUCACCAUCCCCUAAUUCAGAUGAGACAACAUCUAAUAUAGAUGAGGCUGAUGAGGUUGUUGUUGCUGAAAAUGUUGAUCUGAUUGACAACAAAACAUGUUUACAAGUUUCUGAGUUAAGUACCACUCCAGGGGAACCUGAAAGUGUGGUUUUGGCAAAUGGACCUGUCAAGGAGUCCAAAGAAGACUCUGGACAAUCGAGUAUAAAUGAAGCUGAGAAGCCACCUGGGUGGGUUGAAUGGAGAGAGACAUCUGAAUCAGGUGACCUGCCUGAUAUCAAUCGGACUGCAGGUGGUCUGAAUGGUGAACUUGAACAUGGUGAAGAUGAAAAUUUGAUUAAUGAGGUAAUCUCAGAUGUAGGCAAAUGUUUGUCAUCAUCGGGGGAUGCAGCAAUAGGAAGGCAUGGUGAUGAUGCAGAUGGAUCACCUGGGUCAAUUGGUGUGGUUACUAUAAAUUUGCCAGAAUCUGGAAAUGAUGAUCUCUGUGCCUAUUCAUCUGAAGCAUCUAACCCUGUUAAUGGUGAUGUACGUUCAGAGUCACCGACCAGUGAAGGUGCAGUUGAGGAUGCAGAACAUGAAAAAGUGGCUGUUGAGAAUUUGGGGAACUGAAAUUUAGCUGCGCAUCUGCCAUCUGCUAUUCUGCUUGAGAUCUCGGCCACUAUGGCAUUCAAUGGCCUUGUCAGAGGAUGGUGGCCUAUAGGUUGCUCGCUGUAAUGCUAGAGCCUUGUACAUCUUUGGAGAGGGCUUGUUGUAUAAGGGCUGAUAUACUAAUUUGGCAUUCAUCGUUACUAACAUUGUACAAAAUGACAGCCCUCUCUAACCUCGGAAAGUAUUAGCAAGAUCUCCUGAAGCUGCUUCUAUAUUUUCAUUUCUUUGAAAUUUUUGAAAUUGUUUGGUGCCAAUCACGUUGGCAGGUAGUUUUAAGUCUUAUUUUACUGUCUGUGGUCUCAGCUUCGUGAUGCAUAAUGGUUAAUUGCCUCUUCAGUUAUUGAUAUAGACAGUGAUUC